AUGGCAGGCAAGCCCGCGGCAGCCAUCACCCACCUCUCAGACCUGACACCACCAUCCCUCGAACGAACCUGGCUGACAGCACCGCAUCCGACCCUCCCUAUAGUCGCAACCUGCAGUUCUGACAAGACAGUUCGAGUUUACUCACUCACAAACUUCCGGCUUCUCUCAACGAUCACCGGUGGGCAUAAGCGCAGCGUGAGGACAUGUGCUUGGAAGCCGCAUGUGCAGGGUGAGAGUGUUCUGGCGACGGGCAGUUUCGACGCGACCGUUGGGAUCUGGAGGCGGUGGGAUAGCUAUGGACGCGGAGAAGAAGGUGGCCCGGGGGGUUGGGGUCUCAAGUCCGGGGAUGAUAACGCUGGAGAAGAUGAUGGGAUCGAAAAUGAUGAUGUCGACGAAGAUGAAGAAGAAUGGCGCUUCGCCGUCCUCCUUGACGGCCACGAUAGCGAAGUCAAAUCGGUAUCAUGGUCGCCAUCAGGAAUGCUCCUUGCAACGUGUUCGCGCGACAAGUCGAUUUGGAUCUGGGAGGAUUUGGACGACGGUGACAACAAUUUCGAGACGGUGGCGGUGAUGCAGGAGCACGCGGGCGAUGUCAAAUCCGUGGCAUGGCAUCCGGUCGAAGAGUGUCUGGCUAGUGGUAGCUACGAUGAUACCAUCCGGUUGUGGAGAGAGGAUAUUGACGAUUGGGGGCAGGUGGCUUGUCUCAAGGGCCAUGAGGGAACGGUUUGGUGUAUUGACUGGGAGGGUGUGGAUAGUGUGCCUCAUUCUCAUUCUGUGUCAACUUCGUUGGCAGAGCAGUGGAAGACAAAUAACGCCCUGUCUGGUCCCCGUUUGAUUUCCUGCUCUGAUGACCGCACUGUCCGUCUCUGGCGAAAGCAGCCGAAAGAACAACAGCAACAGCAAUCAAACAUGCCUAGCAUCAUCCGUCCGACAGGCACGGACGAAAUCUGGACAGAGGAGGGUGUUCUACCGUCGGCGCACGAUCUCUCCAUCUACGCCGUGGCGUGGAGCAAACGAACCGGACUGCUGGCAUCUGUGGGUGCCGAUGGGCGUAUCGCCGUUUACCAAGAAAAAUUCGUCAAUAGACAGCAGGACUCCUUAGCUGGCGAGGCAAUAUACACGAGUGAGGAUAGCACUGCUUUGCCCUCUUCUCUCCAGACAGAAUGGAACGUCAUUGCGACUCUCGACGGCGCGCAUGGCAUCUACGAGAUCAACCAUGUCGCAUGGGCAAAGCGCGCGGAUCGAAGUCGUGAAGAGGGCAAAGACGAGGAGAUAUUGGUUACUACUGCUGAUGACGGGAGCAUCAAGGUUUGGACACUUGGGUUAUGA